AUGGGACACGGCAAAUCGGACCGGCCGUAUCUGAGUGCAGCCGAGCACUCGGGUGUGUACGGCUCGCACUCGGCGUCCUCGGGCAAGACCGCUUCGCUCGCUGCCGCGUUCGAACCCGUGGCGUUCGACUGCUGUGCGCUCUCGUUCCAGCCCUGGACGCUGCCCGUGUGCUCGCCCGACUGCGGCGUGGCAUUCGAGCUGACAAACCUCAUCCCCUUCCUGCGCAAGUACGGCGUGCAUCCGAUCACCGGCAGAGCCUUCGAGCUCGACGACGUGGUGCGGCUCAACUUUGCGCGCAACGAGCAGGGGCGCUUUCACGAUCCCGUGUCGAUGCGCGAAUUCGGCCAGCACUCGCACAUUGUGGCCAUUCGUCAGACGGCAAACGUGUUUCUGUACGAUACCGUGCUCAGGCUCAACAUCAAGCCCAAGUACAUGCGUGAUUUGGUCACGGACCAGCUGUUCACCAAGGCGGAUAUCAUCACUGUGCACGAUCCGAAUCGGCCCGAGUUGAGAGAUGCACGCCAGAUGCACCAUGUCAAAGAGGAACUCGCUCUGACACAGCAGGACAAGGGCAUCGAUACGACGCAGCAGAUCAACACGGCUGCCACGGGAAGUGCGAAAAAGCUGCUUGCGAAACUGGGUGGGAGCACCGGAAAGGAACCGAAAGCGGCGCCAAAGAGUACCGCGCUGAGUCGCAACAAGGCCGGAGGGGCAUCGACGGGGAUGGCGGCUGCGAGCUUUACCUCGUCGAGUCUCACGCCGCGCACGGCGAUCGAGCGCGUGGAGCUGGACGAUGAACAGACCAUGUUUGCGCACGUGCGGCGCACCAAACGCAAGGCAUACGUCCGUCUCACCACCAACCUGGGCGCACUCAACCUCGAGUUGCACUGCGACGUAGCGCCUCGAACGUGCUACAACUUUGUGCAGCUUUGCAAGCAGGGUGGAUACGACGGUGUGGUUUUCCACCGCAACAUCCCUGGAUUCAUGAUCCAAGGUGGCGAUCCUACGGGUACUGGUCGGGGCGGCAGUUCUAUCUGGGGUCACGACUUUGUGGACGAGUACGGCGAGGCUGGAGCGCUGAAACACUCGUCUCGGGGGAUGCUGUCGAUGGCCAACCGAGGACCAGGCACGAAUGGGAGUCAGUUCUUUCUCACCUAUCGCCCAGUGCCACAUCUGGAUGGAAAGCACACGGUGUUUGGUCAGCUCGUUGACGGCGCCAAAGAUGCGACGCUGGCAAAGAUGGAGGCGGUCCCGACGAGUGAUGGCGACCGACCUAUACGCAAGAUUCGGAUCGAGACGGUGCUGGUUAGCGACGACCCCUUCGAGGUGUACACGCUCAAGCAGAAGGAUGCAGCCAAGGCGAAUGAUCCAACCAACCCCGAGUACAUAGCGCGUAUGGAGAGGAAACGACGCCGCGAGCACGAUCGAACCACCUGGUUGGGCACCGAACUACAAGGCAAAGACGACAAGGCCAAGCAGAUUCUCACCGCUGCCACCACGGUGGGCAAAUACAUGCCGCAAACACAAACCCAGCACCAGUCCAAAGACCAACCUCAAGCGUCAAAAAAGCGUAGGGCAGGCUUUGGAGAUUUUUCAUCGUGGUAG